UGUGGCCCGUUGCCAUGAGAAAAGGGCAGCCAGUGGAGCACAAACAACAUUGUAAAUACAACCUGUACUUGUGUUCAUUCAUCUUCCCCUACUAUUUGUACUAACUAUCUGCACGUUGCUAAAACAGUGUACACAGCUGAUAAUAUAACACUUGAAAUGCCUUUUUCAAACCUUUGUGACUGCAAUGUUUACUGUUCAUUUCUAAUAGUGUUUUGUUAAUGUUGUUUUGUCUUCUCGCUUUUGUUUGUUGUUUAAAUCACUUGCUUUGGCAAUGUGAACACACGUAUUCCAUGCAAAUAACAUUUAAACUGAAUUAAUGAGAGAGAGAGAGAGAGAGAGAGAGACAACUGAAUACAAUUAACUAUUAGGGAGAUGUCCAUUGCUUACAAGACAGACAAAUGAAAUAUAUUUUUGUCGAAUAAAAGUGGAUAGCCAAUUAUGACUUCUUCUGUCUGCUACGUCACAAAGAGAACCAUAUGACCAUGUUUAUGACCAAGUGAUUCGCAUCGUAUCCAUAUUGUUCACUUUUGUGUGAAAUGACAUUUUCACGACGGUCCCUUGGGAGAUAGCACGCCACGUACGUCGUUGUAGGCGUCCUUUUACUUUCAGGAAAGUCGUUGGCGAGAAAACAAGAAGGCGGUUGGUAGUCUAGCGAUCUGUGUGUUACAAGGAAGAUUCGUGGCUAAAUCAACGGCUGCUUGUCUUGUGACCUGUGCUGAAGUUGAGCGACAGAGAUGGAGGAGACCGGGGGAGUUGGUGGCGCUAGUGCGUACGGAGCUUCGCUCGCAGGCGGUGGCUUCGACUUUCACAAGUUUGCUAAACAACCGCACACUAUCGUGCGCUUCUUGAGUUGGAUUUUUUCCAUUGUGGUCUUCUCCUGCAUCACGGCGGAGGGAUUUGUCAACAAAUCGCACAGCCCCGACGCGCAUUGCGUCUUCAACCAGAAUGACUCGGCAUGUCACUACGCUGUGGGCAUCGGUGUCAUAGCCUUCCUGGCCUGUUUUUUCUUCCUCCUAUUGGACGCCUACAUGCCGCUGAUGAGCAACGCGAAGGAGAGGAAGUACGCUGUCAUGGCCGACCUGGGAUUCUCAGUUGUGUGGACGUUCCUGUGGUUCGUGUGUUUCUGCCUCCUGACUAGCCAAUGGAGUCGCACGCUUGAUGUCAAAGGAAUCCCCCAGGACGCCGCCCGCUCCGCCAUUGCCUUCUCUUUCUUCUCUAUCGCCACCUGGGGAAUCCUAACCUACUUCGCUUUGGGGAGAUAUCGCCGUGGUGUUGCCGAUGUCACCCAGAGCAUCUAUGCCGAGUCUCCACCGGAGCAGCACACCCCUUACCCUCCGACCUACGCCCCCUCGGCCUACACCCCCACCACCUACUCCCCGUACCCUUCCAGCGCGCCAGACGACUUCCAACAACCCCCCUUCACCCCCAGCACCAUCACCACCACCACCCAACCCCAGGGGGAAUACCAACCCCCCAACUACUGAGGGGCGCCGCGUGAAGUUUCCCCUUAGGUACAGGUCUAGGAUCAGCUUCACUUCCCCCAUUCCUAACCUUAACCAUUAGUGGGGGAAAUGCAAAACUGACCCAAGAUCAGUGUCUAGGCCAAGGGGCAAUUUCACCAUACUAUUACUGGGAUAGAAUUAUGGAGAAAGGAAGUGGAAGCUCCUUAUCACCAGACCUGGGUUCAAAUAGUAUUUGAAAUAUUUAUUUUGCUUUUGUCUGUCUGGAGUGCAAGGUGGGUGGGGUCUGUCUGGAGUGCAAGGUGGGUGGGGUCUGUCAACCUUUCUAUUGGUUUAAUUUGCAACAGGGAAAGUGGAUGAAAGCACAGACCGGUAAAGUAUUUGAAAUGGUUUUAAAUAGUGUUUGAACACAGGUCUGCCUACUACUAAUUCAGUGGAUGAUGUGGUUAAAAGGAGACUUCUACCCUGAGACGGGCAAAAGUCAGGUCCUGGUCACGUGACACUGGAGCUCACAUGAUUUGGGAUAUGCAAAAAACAGCCAAUGAGAGCUCUCGUGGGAGGGGCAAGUGCUUGCUUUAGCUAAUCAGUGUGCUUGUCUCCCUCCCUCUCUGUUCAGAACUGUAGUCCCCUGCUUCUGUGCUCCAGAAGGAAGGAGAAUGUGUGUCUGUCAGAGGAGGCUGGUGGGAGGAAGAUAUAGGAGGACCUGCUCAUUGUAAUGGCUGGGAUGGAAUAAAUGGAACGGUAUCAAAUAUGGAAACCACGUUUGACUCAGUUCCAUUUAUUUCAUUCCAGCCAUUAGUGAGCCGAUCCUCCUAUAUCUUCCUCCCACCAGCCUCCUCUGGUGUCUGUACAUACUAGAUAUUCAUAGUUGAAACGCCAAUUCUUUGAAUGGCUGUAGUGUCUUUUUUUAAAAACAUUUUAUCUUUUUGUUUUCAAUUUAGCACAAUUAUCUUGACGACAUGCAAGCACAAUGUUUUAUUCAAUGUCAAAGAAGUAUGUUUAUUUCAUUGACCAGUGUAUCGUGAGACUACUGAAUUCUACAGGAUAAGCCAAAUGCCCAAGAAAGCCUUACUAUUAAUGUCCUAUGUAAACUGCUGGGUUUUUGUCCCACUUCAGGAGCCGUAGGCAGACUUUGGCUGUGUCCCAAAUGGCACCCAAUUCCCUUUAUAGUGCACUACUUUUGACCAGGACCCAUAAGGCUCUGGUUAAAAGUAGUGCACUAUAUAUAGGGGAUAGGGUGUCAUUUAGGAUUCAGGCUACAAGUCCUUUCUCAUAACUCUUAAACCCUGUCGAUCUGAUAACAGUCAAGGUAAAGCCAUAAAAAACACAUUAAACCGCUCAUUAAACCACACGUUAAAUUAAACCGCCCGUAGAAAACACCAGGCUUGUUUGCUCAACUGAUCUGUGUAAUAUGCAUGUUCCUAUCUAGUCAUUUAUGUACUGAUUCAGUUUUCAGUCAUAUUUUUAUGUCUACUGUCCACAAAAACUAUAGCAAUUGGAUAGGUUGAAACCAGGUGAUAAAUUAGAGUCCCAAUUGUCCACCCUUCUCCCAAAGCGUGCACUGCACUGGCCUACUUUCCCCCCCUAUGGCUUUGACAAUGGAAUCUCCCUCCAGCCUCACAGCCAAUCCUGACACCAGUGCUGUGCUUUUAGAACCAUGUGCACUGGAAAGGGGGGAGAAUCAGAACAGAAGUCUUCCACUGCCGCUAGAUAAAGCCAUCUAUGGUUUGUAUUACUUAGUGGGUUUCCUAUCAGUCGUUCUGAGUCUCAGACCACUCCCUGCUUUGUACUACUAAAGGGAAAAGUCAUUCAUGAAUAAAUCCUCUUACUGCCAAGACUGACUUCAGGAACCUCAGUGUUGCAGCUGGGUCAUGUUCAUUAGGCACCAAAUGGAAGAAAAACCGGCUACAUAUUAACAAACACACAAUUACCGAACUUCAGAAGCUGUUUUGAAUACAUUUUCUUGGUCCUAGAGUCAUUAAAUGUUCAGAGUACAUUGAGGGGAGUUACUGCUUUCAAAACAAGUAAAACAGUUGGAAGGUUUUCAUCAGGCAAAUGCUUAGUUUGUUUAUCAUUGCAAGAGGUUUUGCUGUGGUGUGCACUAAUGAACACGACCAAGGGCUGCUGUAUAGCUCCGGUCCACCAAGGUCCAAGUGUGCUUUGGCACUUCAUAGAUUACUACUUCAAAUCAUCUGACUGACUUUAAAUGUAAGUCAUACAGGACUAACUUAAGCACUUGAUAACAAUACAAUACUUGUGAUUUCAUCAAUUGCUUCUUUAAAGUGGCAACCUGCAGAUACAUGUUUGGACAUAUUAAUGAUAUGUAUCAAUUGAUUCUUGAAGAAUAGAACUUAUAAAUUCCUCAUGAGGUUAGUUCAAUUGUUGUACCCCAUCAGAACCCAAAACAAGCAUUGUUUACGCCAAUGUUUGUAAACAAAGUAAAUGUAAACAAACACUAUUUAGCCUCAACAUGGUUAACUAUAAUUUUGAUAUCAUGGAUGGUCAGUCCUCGUAUCCAUAACUCUUGAGUUUGAGCCCCGUCCCUCAGCUUUUUACCGAAACGGGUGGGGAGACGGUUUGUUAUUGUUUCAACGGCUGAUUGCGACUUUAAAGGAUAAGACUGAAAACAGCAGAUGUAGAAUCCAUUAAAGGAUAAGACUGAAAACAGCAGACACAGAAUCCAUUAAAGGAUAAGACUGAAAACGUAGAAUCCAUUAAAGGAUAAGACUGAAAACGUAGAAUCCUUUAAAGGAUAAGACUGAAAACGUAGAAUCCUUUAAAGGAUAAGACUGAAAACAGCAGACGUAGAAUCCAUUAAAGGAUAAGACUGAAAACAGCAGACAUAGAAUCCAUUAAAGGAUAAGACUGAAAACGUAGAAUCCAUUAAAGAAUAAGACUGAAAACGUAGAAUCCUUUAAAGGAUAAGACUGAAAACAGCAAACGUAGAAUCCAUUAAAGGAUAAGACUGAAAACGUAGAAUCCAUUAAAGACUGGCUUCUAUGGAAAUGUUAUGCACUUCUCCUUAACAAGAACCCUGGUAUACUUUGUUGACGGUGCCUUAGACUUACUGUAUGUAAUGUUGACACCAUGGUGACCUUGAGUCCACCAUAGACAAGCAUAGAUGUACAUAUUCACAUAUAGAUGUGUGUAGGUAAAUAUAGACACACAAAGAUACGUUGUAUAUAAACACAUCAUUGGAGUCCACUUGGCCAAAGGGAAGACCUCACUGUGUGUGUCAAAUGGCACCCUAUUCCCUAUAUAGUGCACUACACUAUAUGGGCACUAGUCUAAAGAUGUGCACUACAUAUGGAUUAGGGUGCCAUUUGGGACACAGAGUUGCAUUUAUUAAAUAUGAGUGAUGCUACUAUGCAAGGCUAAUGGAAACAUUUAGGGAGGGUGGAAACACUCCCUCUGUAUUUCUAUGUAUACAGGACAGUGGAGGCUGCUGAGGGGAGGACGGCUCAGAAUAAUGGCUGGAAUGGUAUCAGACACGUGGUUGUCUUAUGUUUGAUUCCAUUCCAGACAUUAAUAUGAGCCGUCCUCCCCUCAACAGCCUCCACUGAUAGUGUCACCAACCAUUUCAACUUUUAUGCUAGUGCCUGUGUGAAGUGUCCUUCCUACAGAAGGCUCAAACGCGAUGGUGUAUACACUCUAUUUGCCCAAUCAACCUCCUCAAACUGUCCAUAUAUUUACAUUAUAAAACCGUGGACAAAAUCAUUUAAAGCCAUGAUGGCACGCACUUGAGCAAAAACUGAAGGGCAUAUUCAGGAUUAUCAAACUGUUGCCUUGUGUUCAUAACUGUCGGGUUUGUGUAUGGGAGAUGAGUGAUGUUGCAAUGUGUUGUUUGCAAUCCUGAACAUACCCCCUAAUGUCCAGCGUGGCCUUGUAAGGCGGCGUCUACACAGGCAGCCCAAUUCUGAUCUUUUGACCAGUGAGAUCAGAUCUUUUGCCAAUAAUUGGGAAAAAGAUCAGAAUUGGGCUGCCUGUGUAAAUGCAGCCUUACUGUUCAAAUGUAACCUCCCCAGUGAAGCAACCUUUGUAUCUAUGAUUGAUCGAUAGCCAAGACUUCUGUAAGUAUGUGAUUUGUAGUUUAGUUAUGGGUUGUUAAUUGAUUGCGUUUUGUUUUCUGUAGUUGUAGGGGCGAUGUGUAUGUUUCACUUCUUGUCCAUUGUUUUAUCGUGUUACAUCAUUGGUUCUCUAUGUGGUUUUGAUUUGCCAUUUGAUCACCACCACCACCACUGAUCUAAAUGAAAUAGUGUCGAUUUGAGUUCCUCACUUAUUUUACAUUUAUGAAGUUUAUUUGCAAAUUCUGUGUCUCACUUCACUUUAAUACACCAACAAAAUGAUCGCACCAGAAACCUGUUAGUUCAGUUGUGUUCUAUUGAAUCCAUUGUUGUAUGAGGAAGUGUCUUUCAACAGCUGUGAUGUCACAAGGUUCUAAUUCAACUUCUGUUCUGUCUAAAUGACGUGUGUGUCGGCGUGGGGCAGAAUAAAAUCUGCUCAUAAUCUGA